AUUGGUUUUAUUGAAAAUUUAAGGACCAAUUACUUCUCUCUCUCUCUCCAAAAUUGCAGAAACGAAAAGACGGCGAAGCCCAUGGCCGAUUCGCGUAGCAACAGAGCAGCCGUUCAGGCCACCAACGACGACGCUUCAGCGAGUAAACUGUCCUGUGUCAAAAAAGGCUACAUGAAAGAUGACUACAUUUAUUUGUUUGUAAGAAGACCCGUGAGAAGAUCUCCCAUAAUAAACCGUGGUUACUUUGCUAGAUGGGCCGCUCUACGGAAGCUUCUUGUCCAGUUUCUUAAUUGUGAUAAAGACACUGAUGAAAAAGGUCACACUAAGAAGCAGAUAUUGUCAUUGGGAGCUGGCUUUGAUACGACAUUUUUUCAGUUGCAGGGAGAAGGACAAGCACCACACUUGUACGUGGAACUGGAUUUCAAGGAGGUGACAAGUAAGAAGGCAGCUCUUAUUGAGACUUGCAGUCUGUUGAGGGACAAAAUUGGUGAAACAGCAUCAAUCUCUCAAGAUAAAGGUGAAGUUCUAAGUGAUCAUUACAAACUACUCCCAGUUGAUUUGCGUGAUAUACAAAAUUUGGAUGGUAUAAUAUCGUUAGCUAAUCUGGAUCCCAGCCUUCCGACAUUUAUAAUUGCAGAAUGCGUUUUGAUAUACUUGGAUCCAGAUUCAAGCCGUGCUAUAGUGGGUUGGGCUUCAAAAACAUUUUCUACAGCAAUAUUUUUCUUAUAUGAGCAGAUCCAUCCGGAUGAUGCUUUUGGGCAGCAAAUGAUCAGAAAUUUGGAGAGUCGAGGCUGUGCACUCUUAAGCAUUUAUGCUACACCAUCUUUACUUGCUAAGGAAAAACUUUUUCUCGACCAGGGAUGGCAGAGAGCUGUUGCGUGGGACAUGCUGAAAGUUUAUGGUAAUUUUAUUGAAGCUCAAGAACGACGCAGGAUCGAACGGUUGGAAUUGUUCGAUGAGUUUGAAGAGUGGUAUAUGAUGCAGGAGCACUACUGCGUGGCCUAUGCGAUCAAUGACGCCAUGGGCUUGUUCAAUGAUGUGGGAUUUCCUAUUGACCAGAACAUGACGGGCUCCUCCUCAGCAGCAUCUCCAUGAAAGUAGGAGGUUGUAUUCCAUCAUGACUCUUUUGCCGAUUAUCUAUAAAUAAUUGUCACUCCAGGAAUCACACAAAUGGCACACGACGACCCUCCAAGUGUGUAAAGGUACCCAAAAUUGUCUGUGAACUAGUAAUUAGUCCAAACUAUAUACCUAAAGGAGAAUGAUCUGUGUGGAUAGAUCUGGUGGUGGUUGUUUGACUCAGGUGGAGGGUUCCUUUCUUUCUAAGUGCUGUUCGGCAAAUAAAACAUGGUUGGUCCUCUACAGCACAUAAAUGUGUUAUCCCAUUGGCUUGUGGGUCCUCUUUUUUUGUGGGGGAAAAACUUUCAUGGUUGAUCCCUCUCCCAGUUGUAAUAUUUUUCUAUGGUACUGUGCCUCUCAUUUCUUCUCUUUUAA